AUGAUAGGUCUGCAGUUAAUAACACAUGCCACUCUUAAGCUUCAGAGCUUUCCUGUCAAGUCCGGGGAGCUCUUUGAUUACAUUGUAGAGAAAGGCAGGUUACAAGAGGAGGAGGCUCGUAACUUUUUCCAGCAGAUAAUAUCUGGUGUGGAGUAUUGCCAUCGCAAUAUGGUUGUCCAUAGAGACCUCAAGCCUGAGAAUUUGCUGUUGGACUCGAGGUGCAAUAUUAAGAUUGCUGACUUUGGACUGAGUAAUGUCAUGAGGGAUGGUCAUUUUCUGAAGACGAGCUGUGGAAGCCCCAACUACGCUGCUCCUGAGGUUAUAUCAGGAAAAUUAUACGCUGGACCUGAUGUAUGGAGCUGCGGAGUGAUAUUGUAUGCUCUACUCUGUGUUCCAAGUGGCUAUCUUGAAUCCGAGUUUCAGGAGACAACAGACAGUGGUUCCAAUCCUAUGCGCCCAGCUGAAGCCGCUGCUUCACCUGUAGGCCAAUGGGUUCCUUCACCUAUGGAUCAGUACGGAUUGGGAGGAAGAUCACAAGUCCCAAGUGACCGUAAAUGGGCUCUUGGACUUCAGUCCCAUGCGCAUCCUCGUGAGAUCAUGAACGAACUACUGAAAGCUCUUCAAGAACUCAAUGUGUGUUGGAAGAAGAUUGGUCACUACAACAUGAAGUGCCGAUGGGUUCCUGGUUUCGCUGAUGAUCAGAAUACCAUGGACAACAAGGAAGAAGUCAGAGGAGCUAUAUUACAAUAUGCCAACUGCACUGAUCCCGAUGAGAGUGCAGCCCGACGGGAGAGACUAAUACAAGCGGAAGCUCAGGGUCAACUGGAAGCGAAUGCUGCUCUGGUUGUCAGAACAUCCCUGGUUCGAAAAACGACUACUGACCCCGAGAAGGAAUCUCCCCUGAAGCAAUCCUCAGACAGAAUUCCAGUUUCUAAUAGGCUUGGUAUACCUGGUGCGAGUGCGAGUAGACAAAGCCCACCUUUGAUCCCAUCAACGGAGCGAGCUUCAGCUAACAGCAGAUUGGGCCCAGUAAACUCUGACCUGGAUAGGAACACUCCACCAAAUGCCAAUAGCAAUGCUAACCUGAGCCUCCCAAUAUUGAACAGACUAGGACCUCAACUUGAUGCCAAUACCUCCCCGGCUACAGGGGCAAUUAAGGACACGGCGACAGUGUCAAAGAGGAAACCAGGACGUCCUCCGGGGCCAAGGAAAGUCCGGGGAAGUCCAGCGGGGGUACCGGGAACCAGCGCGCGAAAGAGAAAGGUGCAACAAACCAAACCGCCUAAUGUCCGCAAAAAACUACAUGUUGAAUCCACUCGGACUGGAAACUCUACACGAGGUAGCAAAAGUGGAGGAGAGCCAUCUCGUGGUGGGAUUCCCCACGAUGAUGAUGCAACAAACUCUGAUAACCUCCCAAUCGUUAACAUGAUUCCAAAGUCUAGUAGGCGUCGGAUGGAUUUUCGGAUCCAUUCCACCCCCGCUCCUUAG